AUGUUCUACCUCUUGUCCCGCGUCGUCUCGUGAGUGACCCACCCUCUGGACUGCGUAUGGCUCGUUGUGCUCGGAGCUUCGUAGUACGCUGACGUCCUAAUCCGAUUCGGUGACUCGACCCCCCGCCGUUCCUGGUUGCUCCAUUGCUCUCGCCUCGCGAAGCACCACCGCUGGGUCGGUGUACCCUUGCUAUGCGGCGUACAAAGCGAUCAAGGCCAACGACGGCCCGUUGAUGGAGGUGUGGCUCAUGUACUGGGUCGUGAUGGGUACGCUGAUGGCGAUCGAGGGCUCGGUCGAAUGGGUGUUCGCCUGGUGAGUCCUCCCGCUCCCGCGCUCGGUCGGCCGCGCGCGAACGGUGCUGCGGUCGAGCGCUCGGAUGGGCACUGAACUCGCAGUUCCCCUACCGGACUGGCCCCCGACGCAGGUUUCCGUUCUACUACGUUUUCAAGUCACUGCUCAUCCUAUGGCUCGUACUGCCUCAGAUCCAGGUCAGUGCGCGUUGAUAACCUCGGCGGCUCGCUCCGGCGGGCGGCCCAGUUGAAGCUGGCUCACAGCCUCGGCGACGACGACGCGUAUGCGCCGCGUCGCCCCACACCAACCAGUUGGCGUGAGAACUAGCCUCAGCUGACCCAUCUCGCUCCCCUCUCCCCACACUGUCGGCGUCGAUCUUUGUCUGGUUCACAUACGUGUAUCGGCGCAUCGACCUUCCUGCCACCGAUUCUCAUUCUCACAGGGCUCGACCUACAUCUACACCGCGCACCUGCACCCCUUCCUCGCCGCCCACGAACAAGAGAUAGACCAAGCCGUCGCGAACGCCAAAGACAGCGCAAAAGAGGCCGGACUCGGAUGGCUCAAUCGGCUCGUGCAUCAGAUUAGGGUACUCGUCGUCGGCUCAUUGACGGCGGUAGGUCCACGUCAAAGCAUUUUUCUGUUCAUCGAGGGCCUUUGGUCUGAGUGUUCUUUUCAAACUCCUUCCGCUUCAGGGCGCGGCCGAGCAAGCUGGCCUCGGUCAAGGACAGGCAGGAUCUUCGACAUCUGCGAACGGAGGAGCUGCGGCUCGACUGCCGACGAAGAACCGACCCGACGCACCGAACCCAACCUCUGGUCUGGCGAAUCUUGCUGGCAACUACUUGCGCACGUAUGCACCCGCCGCGAUCGCUGUUGGCACCGCCUUCUUCCACCCCAUGAAAGGACGCGAGCCGACCGUACAGGCACGUAACGCUUCCGGACCUGCGACGGGAUCGUCACGAGCGAUGCGAGCCGAACAGAUGAGGUCCCUCGGUGUAGCAUCUGAAAUCCCUCCGUCGGCCUCGACAUCGGCCACCUUGAACAGAUCGUCAGACGCUCGCCAACGCCGUCGAGCCGAGCUCGAAGCCGAACUCGCUGGCCUGGGAUCCUCUUCUCCGUCGUUGGGAUCGUCUGACUCUACACCCUCCAAUUCAGCCUCGUCGUCGUAUUCAGCCAACGCCCCGACGCUGAAGAGGUUCAACCCUCGUUCGGUCUCGUCAGGAGGGUCUCGCCUCGCAUCCGAGUCGAGUGAACCGCGUUCGGUCGCCUCGUCGUUCGAAGAGAUUAGGAAGGAUGAACUCGGCGACUACCCUCCCGUACCUCCUACGGGCCCAAGGUCGGGACAACGAUCUUCUUCAACCGGCGUCGCUGGAGGUUGGUGGAAGUGGACCGCGAAUCAACCUGGUGGUCCCCCGGGUACAGGUGCUGGCUCGGACAGCCGAGACAAGGACGAAUGA